UAGGAAAAUUCAAUCUCAAGCAACUGCACGGAAAGAAAAAGGAAAAAAAACUCCACUGGAGUCAUGUUUGGGUGAAUUUCCAUUAAUAGAAAAAUAGUGGUGCUCGGAAAACAAGUGAAAAUCCGGAAAUAGGAUCUGAGGGAAUGUGAGCAUUAGCGCACCUCUCACUGGUGAAAGUAGUGUAAAAUGUAGACACAGUUCCGAAAGUGUAGAGAUGUAAACCCGAGAAUUUCCACAUCAGUGCGUUAUCCGCGGAAACAUAGAAUUUUUUUCUCUCUCGCCUGGUUCGAGCUUCAAGAGCACACAAACCGCAAAUUCUCCGCAAAACCUAUCGCGAAAGUAAAAAUUAAAUCCGCAUCUUCACAGCGUAAUUUCAGGAUCCAAUGUCACAAAUAGUUAGGAAUUGGGAAUUGUGAAAAUUCAACCCUAACUUGACCAAAUGGAUGCAGUCGAGGCGAACACCUACGAGCCCCUGGGCGAUCGGCAUCGUUCAGGGUGUGCGACAGAUAGUCCGGACCAUGGACCUCCCAAGGAUCGCAAGCAUAUCGUCUAUAUUGCUCUCCUGACAGCCGGCAUAGGAUUUGUUUUGCCAUACAACAGCUUUAUCAUAGCAGCAGAUUACUGGCAAGCGCGAUUUCCAGGAAGAUCAGUGGCUUUAGAUAUGUCUAUGACCUACAUAAUAGUGGCUUUUGCAACCGUUCUGCUGAACAAUGUAUUUCUAUCGCUGGCUCCAUUCCGUAUGCGUAUCUUUUUCGGUUAUGCAAUAUCUUUCACGACCUUAACCUUUGUGGCUCUUUGCGAAGUAGCAUGGCAUAUGUUUUCCAAAGGCACGGCAUAUUCGGCAAGCUUGGCAGCAGUGUCUCUGGUCGCGAUUGGAUGUACAGUACAACAGUCUAGCUUUUACGGAUUCGCCAGUAUGUUGCCGAAACAAUACACCCAGGCUGUAAUGGCUGGCGAAAGUCUUGCAGGCUUCCUGGUGUCUUCCAACCGUGUUGUAACCAAACUCAUAAUAAAAAGUGAUCGUGUGUCUACAGUUAUAUUCUUUUUGGCAUCAACGGUCUAUAUUGCAUUUAGUUACGUGCUUCAUUCGAUCACGAUUCAUUCUCCCUUUGUGAGGUACCAUAUGAAGGCGUGCGCAAAGAUUGUACUGCGACCAGAUGAGAAUCGAUUGUACUUUUCUUUGCAGAAUGAAAAUCUGGAUAACGAUACGUCUCAGAGCAAGUAUGGAGUGCUUACGUUGGAUUCAAGUCCCCCACCACAGGCAGCAUCAGCAACAACUGCAUUAAGUUUCAGUAAUCCAGUUUAUGAGUUGUCUAAUCCAACUGCAGGUGAGAGCGUCAUUGAAGGUCUUAAUAACUUACCUGAUGUACCACCUACACCACAGGAAACACCAAGCGUUGCAUUUAAGGUUGAACAUAUUCUUACCCCGGGUCAUUGCAACCCUAGUCGUUUAAGUGAUUUGAAAAGUGGUUUAGAGUCCAGGUGGAGAGUGGCACAUGCUAUCUACCCAUAUAUGGUGUGCAUAGCAUUGGCAUAUUGUGUGACCCUCUCCUUAUAUCCUGGAAUCGAAUCAGAGAUAAUAUCUUGUACCCUGGGCUCAUGGAUGCCUGUUUUGUUAAUGUUCGCAUUCAAUACGGCGGAUGUGAUUGGCAAAAUUUUGGCUGCUGUGCCCUACAGUUGGUCAAGGCGGCAGUUGAUUCUGAUGUCUGGACUCAGAAUUACUUUGGUUCCAUUAUUGCUGCUAUGUUGCGCUCCAAGGGCUCAGCCGGUGAUAUCAGGAGAAACGACAGCUUUUGUUUUUACAAUUGCCCUGGGGCUAUCAAACGGAUUAGCAGGUAGUCUACCUAUGAUUUUGGCACCAGCAAAAGUCCCAGCCACAUUGAAAGAGGUUACUGGGAACAUGAUGACUUUAUCAUAUAACGUAGGCCUAACUGCUGGUUCUCUUAUCGGUUAUGUUUUUGAUUCUCUGCUGGGUCCGCAACUGGCCAAUCCUUGCCCAACUUACCCUUAUCUUUCCCCGUCCAUCUUCAAUCAGACUUUUCAGAAUCCUGUCCAGACUUCUUUGAAUUCUUCUACGCCUUCUCCAAUUUCAACUACUGUGGCCACAAUAACAACAGCCGCUACAGCGCUCAUAACUACUUCAACCACCACCGCACUAACUUCUUCGUCUGUUUCGCCAAAUAUUAGCUCCUUGGCUACAACUGCAUCCUCCAUCCUAUCCACCGUAAUGGCAACAAUUUCACAAAAUGAGGAUUUCACUACGAAACUGUUGGUCUCUUCAACAGCCUCACUUUACAAUGCAACCACCCAUUCGCCAAAUUUAACGUUUGUAGACUCGACUGAGCAGAAUUAGAGGAUACUCAUAAGCGAAGUAGGAAGACAUUAAACGGACUGAUGUGAAUACGAUACAAAUUAUUGGAUAGUCUGUUCUGCGUUGAAUCUAUUAUUUGAUUUUAAUUUGUAAGUUCCAUUAGUACGUAAUCACUGGAGCCGAGACUGUGGCACGAGCGACACAUUCCAGACAAGGUUGAGGAGGGGUUGUUUCCUAUUUCCGACAGGAAAGACAUUGAAGUGAAUAGUAUUUAUGUCUGAAAGGCUAAAUUAUUGUACAAUUAGGAGUAGAUAAACUAUUUCGAUCCCCCACAAGUGAGGAGACACUGAGCUCUGAUUUAGACGGAACCACUAGGUAAGGGCUCAUUAUGUUGUACACCCCAAAGGGGUUUCAUCUCUUGUUUUUAAGAGCACGUCGAAGCGAGUAGGUAAUCUUGAUAAGUCUCUGAAUAUCUGCAGCCAAACGGGUUAUAGCGCGAUCAUGGGGACGUCGUGUAACUGAUAUAUCAUAAAGUAUGUGAAAUUGAAUAUAAAACAUGCAAAACUAUAUAUUUUUUAUUAUCACAAACAGCAGCAGCAGUAUCACUAUCAUUAAACAUAUUUACCCCAGUAUAAAUACAAAAAUAUUACAAAGAUAUAUACUCAAUGCGAAAAAUGUUUGGAAUUACAUCUGUGGGAGUCCGGUACCAAAAGUCAAUGCCAAUUAUCGUGAAACUAGAUGAAGGAUAUUAUCUAAAAAACACAUAUAAUUCCAAACAGUAGCUGAAAGUGAAAGAAACAGGUGGAACAAUUUUGCGGAAAUUGCAAGAAAAUGGCAACAAUUUAGAUUGGAAAGUCAUUAUUAUGAAUAAGGCAGAAGUAUCUAGGUCCAUUGGAAACAAAAGCAUUCCUUAAUCAAAUCCUCCUAUUCCUAAAAAGAGAAAAUUAUUAAAUACCUAUUUUAUGAACGUUAACAAGUCACUCAUUUGUUUCAUGUGUUGGAGUUGUUUUUCCUUUCAUAUGUGAAGGGAUCUAAUACUCUUUAAGAUAUUGAUACUGUUAUACAAUGUUAGUUAUCCUCCAGCAUUGAAUGGACUACACGUUUAGGUUUUGUGAUAUUUGAGGGAAGAGUUUUGUCACGUUUUUCUUUUCUUUGUUGUUUUGUCUAAGAGGAGUGAAUGCGACACGAAGGGAAAGAGUUGACUCUGAAAACAUGAUCUGUUUUAUGUUGAAUUUAGUCUAAAGUGAAAUUAAAAAUAUACUAAAUGUAAGGAAGUAAGCAGAAAAAUGUAAAAUAAUGAAAAAGGCAUAAUAAAUUAUUUUCAUUAAUUCUAUA